AUGGCGGUCAACUGGACGGGCGGUACAAAGUGAGCAAUGGAAAGCUGAGCCUAAGGCUGAACAUCCAUCCACAUUCUCGUGAUGAUUGGCUUCAUCUUUCAUUGCUCGCAUCUGACCGUUUGCUUUUACAAAACGUAGGCAUGUAGCUCUGCGAUCUCGACGCAAUUUCGUGCCUCCAGUACCAAAGUUUAGGUCGAUCCCUUCAGCAGACGCAGACGAGGGACGCCUCCUCGAGACUUCGGCUCAGACUCUGCAACAGGGCAUUGACGAGUCAACGGACGCAAGGCGCGCGCCUAGCAGAGACGGUGACUUGCGUCAAGCUGCUCUGGAUAGCCCUGCCUCUGCGGUCUGCGAGGAUGCAAGCCAGGCUCAUCAAGAUCUGACCACAGGCUCACAGAAUUCAGGAAGAUUGUCUGAUGAACGAGCCUUCUUGCUGGACAUCUCCGACUGGUCGCACACCAAGACUUUUCGAACCAGCGAAAAUGUGCCCUCUAGCCGCUUGGUCCGUCAAGCUCUAAAACGGCCCAAGAUUGCAAACACCAUGAAAGCGAGAGGCCUGGAAAGGGGGCUCGAGCAGCCCGGUAUUCCUGCGACCAACGCAGCGGCAAGGGCUGAGCCUAAGGACCUACGUAAGGGGCCUCGACCGCGUGAUUCUCCGAGCUCACAUCACCUUUGUAAGACGAGCUCUCUCAAGCAAGUUCCUUGGAGCGCCGCCGGCAUGCCGCAGGUCCAAACAGCACCCUCUACGAAUCGCCUACGCUCAGAGAUGUACAGGGCGCCCAUCACGCCAGACAAUCCUUUCGGGGUCAGAUGGGUUGAUAUGGACACGGGAGAAGUCGUCGACGUCGUUACCCUAGAGCGCUUACAAGACAGGGCAGAGGCCAAUUUGCAAAUCGAGAAAGAGAAAGAGGCAGGGGGUGUGAUUAUACCAGAGGUCCAGAUCCAGGACAUUGUCGUCUAUAAAACGACGGGACCGGAGCAUCAGCAUGACGAAGUCUCCAGGAUUGGUCACGCUGUCGAAGAUCAGCCCACUUUCGCGCUCAGACAGACUGUAGCCCAAAAGCAACCCCUACCCUCCGAUCGCACAGCACUCGAGAGGGUUUCGCAAAGCCAGCCUUUGGACGCCCGUUCGAUAGCUCAGCAAAGUCGUCAGACAUUUUCUUGGUUGGACGAGAUCGUCAAGCAAACGCAUCGCACACAAUGA